GGUAUAGAAGCAAGGGCCAUGACACUGAAAAAGAAAAUGUGGAAAGCAGUAGUGUGUGUGUGCCUGCUGCUGAACAUAGCUGAGGAGCUGAAUGCGGCCGGAGAUAAGGCAAGCCGACCUGCUGCAGAAAACACCGGACCCAAAACGAAGGCCAGAGGAAACCUUCCUGAGAGUCCAAGUGGUUCUUUCUUUGGUCAUUUGCUGGUGAUACCGAUGGAUGGCAGUCACUGGAUGGAUCUGAAGGCCGUUGCUGAAGAAAUAGGUCGUCGUGGACACCAGGUCACUGUGGUGAUCCCUGAGGUCAGCGUGCGGAUGGGCCCUGGUAAACACUACAAAACUCUGACCUAUCCUGUCCCUUAUGACAAGGAAAGGAUUGAUUCACUGUUGUCCAUGCACAUGGAUGUACUACGCCAAUCUACACAGUCUUUCAUGGAGAAAAUAAACAGCCGAUUUUCACAAAUAAAGAACAUCACAAGCUUCAUCCAUACCACUGCUGAAAGCCUGCUGUUCAACGCCAGUGUCAUCUCACAUCUAUCACAGCAGCACUUUGAUGCCGUCUUGACAGACCCGAUGGUGCCCACGGGUUCAUUAAUAGCUAGGAAGUUAGGUCUUCCCACCGUCAAUUUGCUGAGAGUGAUUCCAUGUGGCUUGGACACCAAGUCUGCAGCCUGCCCCGCCCCUCCCUCCUAUGUCCCUCGCUUCUUCACCAAAUUCACAGAUAAAAUGAACUUCUGGCAAAGAGUAAUCAACACUUUGGUAAGUUUAUUGGAGCCACUGCUUUGCCGCCUGUUCUAUUGGCACUUCGACCAUAUAGCUUAUCAGUUCCUGGGAGAGGAGGUGGGUGUCGCUGAAGUGCUGUCCGAGUCUGCUAUCUGGCUGCUCAGGACUGACUCUAUACUAGACUUCCCUCGCCCCCUCAUGCCUAAUAUGGUGUUUGUGGGCGGCAUCAGCUGCAACAUCAGAAACCCCCUGCCACAGGAUCUGGAGUCCUGGGUGUCAGGAGAGCACGGCUUUGUGGUGUUCACCCUGGGCACCGCAGUGUCUGUUUUGCCAGAAGAAAUAACCGCUGUCUUACUCGAGGCCUUCAGACAGAUUCCACAGAAGGUUAUAUGGAGAUACACGGGGCCAGUUCCUGAUGAUGUCCCAGAAAAUGUGAAGAUGAUGGAAUGGGUGCCACAGAACGAACUACUAGCACAUCAUGGAGUUCGGGCUUUCAUCACUCAUGCUGGGUCACAUGGUCUAUAUGAGGGCUUGUGUCAUGCUGUUCCCAUGGUGAUGAUGCCACUUGGUGGAGACCAGCCCGAUAACGCUCAGCGGAUGGCAAGCAGGGGAGUGGGCGUCGUCUUGGACAUUACUACCAUCACCGUGGAAACCCUCCUUCAGGGACUAAAUGAUGUCAUCAAUAACAGCAGCUAUAAAGAGAGUGUGGAGAAGCUUUCAGCUUUCCAUAAAGACCGGCCCUUCGACCCCCUCGAGCUCUCCGUGUACUGGACAGAGUUUGUGAUGCGGCACAAAGGGGCGACACAUCUGAGAGCUGCUGCUCAUGACCUCAACUGGGUCCAGUACCACUGCCUGGAUGUACUGGCACUGCUGGCUACUGUGGUGCUGCUCGUUGUCAUGGUGACCAUGAGAUGCAUGAGACUGUGCCUUAGGAAGCUGAGCAGGAAGAGGAAGCAGGACUAAUCUGAAGGCAGGAAGAGCAACUGAUUAUC